AAUAUAAACAGAACUCUUCUACAGUGAUACCAAGACAGAACGAAAGUUUGUUUACAGAAUUAAUGGCGAAGGUGGCAUUGUUAUUAUUGUUAUCAUUGAUGGUGAUAACAACAUGGUUGCCUAUUACUCACUGCGCAAAGAAACUAGUAGGGGUGGCAAGAAAAGAGGACAUUCCCUAUAUAAAAUGUCAGGUGUGUGAGAAGCUGGCUUAUCAGCUAUACAAUGGAGUUCAGAACAAACGAGCUGAGAUCUCGCCAAAGAAGAUCUCGGAAUAUCAGAUAAUAGAGAUUUCAGAGAAUGUAUGUAAUUUAAAGAAGCAGGAAGCUGAUUGGAUCCUUAAAAUUGAUAUAGUUGAACAAGGAGAUAGGUUGGAGCUGGUUGAACAAGACUCUGAGGGACAAUGUAAUUCAGAAUGUAAAACAAUAGAGCGUGCUUGUCAAGAUGUCAUGGACUAUUCUGAUACGGAUGUGGCAGAAUAUCUGUACAAACACAAUCCAGAUCUUGAUUCUUUGAAAAGUUUCCUUUGCAAGGAUUUGACUAAAGCUUGUAGUAAGGCACCACCUUCAGUUCCUAAGAAUAGAGCCCCAGGAGAACCUUUUGUUUCUAAGUCCUCAAAAGAGGCUGAAAUGGAAAAGCUAAUGAGAUCCAUGCAGGGUAUGCCUGGAGCCCCUGGCAUGCAAAUGUAUUCCAGGGAAGAUUUGAUGAACCAAAAUUUUGGUGAUGAAGAUGCUGAUGACGAUGAUGAUGAUGAUGAAGGCGGCUUUCCCUCAAAGCUGGGGAAGGUUCUUAAAGGAAAAGAAAGUAAGAAGAGUGAUUGGAAGCAAUGGAUCACUAAAGGGAUUCAGGAUACAAGUGAGGCUCUGAAGACUCACGCUAACAGAGUGUCCCACAGGAUGAGAAAUUGGUGGGGAGCAAAGAAAGCACAAUGGAAGAAGAAUUCCAAAACCAGCAAGGGGGAGCUAUAAUGAUGUGCUAUGCUCUGCAACAUGGCGGAAGGUUUUGUCCUCUCUUUUUUCUCCCCUUCCAAUGUAGUCUGAUAUUGACUAGAAAAGUAACAAAAAGCUACGCACAAAAGAGACUGGAAAUUUGUAAUUCUCUGUCUUAUGAUCUGCCCACGAGAUUUUGUUUCUCUGCCAACAUUAUUAUCAUGUUGGUACGUUUGUUUUAGGUACAAUAUUUCUUAGAGUCUUGUAGUCUUGUUAGAGAUGUAGAAAAUGUAAAGAACUUCUAAUACUUUUUUAUUUUUAUCGCUAAUUUUAUUUUACGUAAUAUUGGACUAAAA